GUUAAAAUAUUUUCUGGAUCAUUUGGUGGCACAACACUGUGGGAAAAUCCGAAGUAUGUAAGCCCAGCAAAGCUCAGACAGGCAUAUUCUAAGAAAGCUGCCAAUAAGUAUGAGUUGCGAGUAGAGAAAAAGGCAGUCUAUGCAGCAACAAAGCCUGAAACAGGUUAUCCAGAUAUUGAAGGUGCUGAUUUCUUCAAAGGCGACCCAAUGAAAAAAGCAGAAGUCUUAGUUCAAGAAGAAAUAAAAGAAGAAAUAGAGGAUGAAGAACUAGAUGAGUAUAAAGUAAAUAAACCAACAUUUACUAUAAAAAAAUCAAAGAGCAGACCAGAUAUGGCUAUACGUCGUAAACAACUCAAGGCCAAAAGCAAAGCAAUCUCUGAUCAAAUAAAAAAGAGAAAACAAUUCAAAAAGAGAAAGCCCUGAUAUAAAAUUCAGGUUUAUGUUUAAGUUAAAUAAAAUACAUUUUUACUUA